AUGUCUCUUCGGAGGGCUUUACAUUUUGUCUUUAAAAUUGCCAACAGAAACGAAACGAUGAAAUUCUAUCGCGAAAUUCUGGGCAUGAAGGUUAGUAUCACUUUUUUUGAGCGCUCUUUCGCGAUUUAAAGCUUCCUUAAAUCUUAUGUUUAGUAUAGGCACAGCUGUAAACAGUUUCAAUUUCCAAAAUUGUAUAACUUGACCCGACAGGUAAUGAAACAUUGCUCGUGAGUUUGAGUAUACUUGCAUUGUCUUUGGCUACCAUCGAACCAAAUAUCGUCUGUAACAACAAUUUUAAACUCUAAAAAAGUAGUUGUUUUGUCUUCCAUGGAUACGAUUUGAACAUUUUAAAAUGAGUUUUAAAAAUGUAAUAACGUGAUAGUCCCGUGAUAUCAGAAGCAAGUGUUAACCUACCGAUGUUAUGUGCUUUUAAUAGCACACAUUUAGUUAUUUCAUCUGUUUAUCAAAAUAUUCAAAUCUAUAUCAAUUUUAAGGUUCAUAACCGAAAUUUUACAAGGAUAACACAUCAGAAAACCUUUGAGAAAAGACAGCAUUCUGGUUACUCGAUUUUAUUCAUCUUCUUCUUGAGGAACUAAAUAUAGGCUUACAAGCCUUACUGGUUGUUAAGAGGUUUCCUCGCCAUUAAACUUUUCUUGUUUUCUUUCGCAAUUGUAGUAAAUUACAGUUAUAUUAUAUGUAAUGGCAAAUAAAGUAAAUAAAUUAAUAAAUAAACCUGAAACUCAACGGAAGUCUUCUCAAAAAUACAUGUAUUAUUGUAUACUGUAUAUUGGUAUUGACCUUGCCAUUUGAUUGUGAAGAAUUCCUAAUUUUAUUUGACUUUCUAUGCUUGGCUUUAAGUAAUAAAAAAUUGGAUUUCAGGUUAAUUGACUUGGCUUGAGUGACACAUCAUAUCAUUUCUGCUUUUCUUUGUGUAUUUUUUUUCCUUCUUCUAUGCAAAUUUGUAUCAUGGCAGAGAAAUAGAAGUGAGGUAAUCACCCUGUUCCUAAACCAUCAUCUUCUGCCUCCCCUCCCCUGCUGCCACCCUGUCAUCUCCCAGCCUUCAUGAUCUCUCUCCAUUCUCACUCUCACUAGGUUCCAGCCUCUCUCCUUUUCUUCUCCUUCCACCAAUGAAUUUUUUUUUCUCUUCUCCUAAGCUCUCACCCCCAUUCCCACCCCCCUACGCAGUCAUUUAGCUGAGGUAGACAUUAUAUAAUUCAUUUCUUUGUCCAACAGGUUUUGAGGCAUGAAGAAUUUGAAGAAGGAUGUAAAGCUUCAUGUAAUGGGUAUUUGCAUGAAUCAUUUUUAUCAUUCAAGAUUUUUUUUUAUACCACUCCAGUGUUAUUUGCACCCCUACCCCCAUUCCUACUAACAAAUUUUAUCUAGGAAUUGUUUUUCAUUCCUGGUGGGGCACACAGUCCUUUAAAUAAAACUGUGUUGCCAAAGUUUGGGGGGCAAACAAGGUGUAUUAUGGCUUGGCAAAAAUAGGGAAUGAGAAUCUUUCCACUUCCUCUGGACAGCUUUCAGUUUACUUUUUACUCAAAUCACUUUAUUUUGCAUCUAAAUUGUUACACAAUCCUUAUACAAGAACUGUAUUGUUUUGAAGUUAGAGAAAUUAUCAAGUGUAAUUGAGGGCUGUGGUUCAUGUCAAACAUAAUUUGGCCAUAAUUUUACCCAAAGGAUGUCAGUAAUUUAGACAAGAGAUUUUGAGACAAUUUGCCAAAUAAACUUGACCCAAAGAUUGGAAAUCCAUCACUUUACCUUUCAAAUAAAGGAAAAUUAGAGAUCAGAAUUCUGAGAUGUUACUUUUGAAUUGAUGAGAGUGUGGGAUUCUGUUGAGUGACACUUAAUAUCUUAGUUUUUUAUGUUCAUAGAUGGUUCUUUUGAAAGUUUAGUUCAGUAGCCACUUAUUGAUAACAUAUACCAAUUUGAUUUUAUUAAUUAUUUUAGACCCUAUGAUGGCAAGUGGAGUAAAACAAUGGCAGGAUUUGGACCAGAGGAUGAUCAUUUUGUUGUGGAACUGACAUACAACUAUGGAAUUAAAACAUAUCAGCUAGGAAAUGAUUUUCAGGUGACUAUCUACCACCAGGGAUAUGGAACCUUCAUGGCUAUUUUUCCCCUGCCAACAAAAAUACAAUUCCUCUCCUGGGGUUAACAGGGGUAAUGUGGCAGUAAGAACUCUCUCCCUCCAUCUUACAGUGCUAGUUUGAUUCCAGUAAUAGCUGCCAUUGUUUUGGUUGAUGGUGUUGUAGCUUGUCCUUGUAUCAUAGAGCUCUUAUAGAUCCUUUUGUUUUCCUCCCUUUCUAAAAAAUAACAUGCCAACUUGACCCUUUUUUUCACUCUUUACAUCUUAACACCAGUAUGCAUAUUCUCCAUACUGUUCUUUAUACAUUUCUUAACAUGCUGACAAAGGGAAUUUUUUUAAAUGUUUGAUUCAGGGGUGAUUUUAUAUGGAGAAAUUAGAUGCUAGUUGCUCCUAGGGGUUAUAGAGUUACAGGCCUGAGGUUAUUCCCUGCCAGAUGGUUACAUCCACAGCACACCCUUAAUUAAAAUUAGGUGUCUUCCUACUUCAACAAAUUAGCAGACUUUUCCAAAGGAAUGACAGCAAGGGUGGCUUAAUUAUAUACUUGAGAUGAAAAAAAAAAUCUAUCCAAGGGGUUUUCAUGUUCUGGAACAACGAAAUAGAUUAUUGCUAUUAUAAUAAUAAAUUAAAGUUUUCACGAAUCCCUUGAGCAUAGAGGUUAACCCUUGAACUCCCAGAAGUAAUUAACAUGUAGAUUCUCCCCAUUAUAUCCAUACAUUAUCCAUCAAAAAGGUUAUAAGAAUACUCUAACUUACCAGGUAACACUAAGAUCUAAUACCAAAUUCUCAUAACUCAUUUACAAGGAAAUGUGUAAUAGCUGGAGGAGAGAAUGAACAAUCAGAUCUUAGGAGUUAAAGGGCUAAAGGUGAAGAUUUUAAAAGAACUAACUAAACUGAGACCUGAGCCUUUCUGGGUUUGAUUUCUUUUUGUAUAAUCAUUCCUUCCUCUGUGCAAAUUGACUUAAAGUUUAUUGAGUAUAAAUUAUCCUCUGCAAGAUAUAAUAAACUCUGCAGAGGUCAUUUUGGAUUGAGGUUAUUGCUUAGGUUUUGUUUAGAAAGCAAUAACCACUUUAAGACUAUUUCUUGUUUGUGCAGGGAAUAACUGUGCACUCAAAGACUGCUGUGUCAAAUGCAAAGCAACACAGCUACCCUGUGACAGAAGAAGGAGAAGGUUGUCUCACUGUCAAAGCACCUGGGGGUUACAAGUUUACUCUGGUAGACCAGGAUGUUAUUGGUGGUAAGUUGGAAUAUGAAUGAAUGUGAACUUAGUUCCUUCUUCAAGUGUUACAUGGAUACUGUCUUAAAAAAAAAAAUGAUGACAUAAUCAGCUCCUCACAGAUUUAAAUCUUGGAUAAGGUUGUUUGCUGAAAAAUAAGCAAUAUGGAGUCUGCAUUGCCUGUUAUCCUUUAAAUCCUAAUGCCAGUAUGCAUAGUCUGCAUGCACACUGUUCUCUAUAUAUUUUCUAAGAUGCUGGCAAGGAGAAUCUGUUUAACAAGUAAAAGCUUCCUGUAUUCUCAUGGCCUAGAUUUGUUAUUCAGGGGUGAUAGUAUGUAAGGAGAAAUUAGAUGCCUGUCACUCUCAGGGGUCAAAGGUUAAUGCUUGGUAAAAAUGCAUCGCUUUAUUGGUAUUUAGGUUAGCUAACAAGGCUUUGGUCUUCUAAAAGUUUUCUUUAGCCAUGAUAAGUGGUGUAAGGAAAGGUCUGUGAUAAGUAUCAAACAAUAGGCAACCAACCAAAGGGUUGUUAAUUAAUCUUUUACACCCUGACAUCUUUAUGCAUAUUCUCCCUACUGUUUACUAUUAUAUUUCUUAUGGUGCUCACGAGGAGAAUUUGUUUAAUAAUCAGGAUCCUCUUUUGUUGGUGUCAUUUCCUUUAUUCUCAUGACCUUAGCGUUUUAUUAAGGGGAAAAAUUGUAAGUAGAAAUUAGAUGCUAGUUAUUAUGAUGGGUUUAAGGGUCAAAAAUAAGAUUAUGAGCUUGAGACUUCUGUUGCACGAUAAAAGAUGAUGGUAAAGCCUGCAUCAGCUAUUGGACAUCAAGGUUGACAGCAGCUAGUCAAAUUGUUUUCAUGUAAAUCUGGUAGCAGUUCAUAAACAGGUUUAUGUUUUAAUUUGAUCAGGUUUACAAGCACACAUUGUAAGGAUUCUCACUUAAUUCUCUGUGUAUUACAGAAAAGAGUAGUGUGACCAAUCAGAUUGAGGAAUUUGUGAUAGACAGCUUUUAGCAUUAUACUUACAGAGCCAGGUAAAAGGUCUGCCAAAGAAGUAUAAUUUAUAAACCCUUUUCUAUUUUUUCUUCAACAGAUCCAGUAAAAAAAGUUUCCCUUGGAGUUUCAGACCUUGCCAAAUCUUUACUAUACUGGCAAAAUUUAUUGGGGAUGACACUGUAUGAAAAGACAGAGACAACAGCAUUGUUAGGAUAUGAUUCAGACAAGUGCAAGCUUGAACUUAUUCACCUUGGACACCCAGUUGAUCAUGCAACCGCAUUUGGACGCAUUGCUUUCUCAUGUCCAAGCAAACAGUUGCCAGAUAUUGAAUCUUUGGUGAAAAAUGAAGGUCAUACAAUACUUACACCACUUGUCAGUUUGGACACGCCAGGAAAGGCCACAGUGGAAGUGGUUAUCUUAGCUGAUCCGGUAGGUUGUAGAGGAAGAAGGGCACUGUCUAUAUAUUCCCUCUGACGAAGAGCUAAUGCUCGAUACGGCAGCUUUAGAAAAUUCGUCAGGGAGGCCAAUUUACAUUACCAACUCAGACAAACCCAUAACCUAGUCAUUCCAGAAAAUAGAGAUGAAUCGGCCAAAUGCACCAUCAGUCAUGCUUAGUUCUUUCGCUCCCGAUAUAGAGGAUGACAAAGGGUUUAUACGUGGUGCGUGAUUACUAAUGGUAAUAGGACCGAAUGGAGUCCAAUUCGGUCUGUAAUCAAACGAGUGAUUAACAAAAUUGGACGAGCGCGAAGCAGGAGUCAAAUUUGUCAAUCACUAGUUUGAUUACAUACAGAAUUGGAUGACAAGAAUUUGAAGUCCUGUUACCAAAUUAUCAUAACCGUUACAAUUUUCGAAAACAAAUACAUUUAGGUCAAAUAUCUCUGGUAGAGACAAUGUCGAAAGUAAAAAAUUUCUCCAUUUUGGAAAUUCUUCAGUUUUUUUUAGGAUAAGUGGUUGUUGCUAUGGUUAUUGGGAUUUAUUCUGUGAUUGGUGGAUUUGGCUGAGUGGACUUAUUAUGAUUGGUUGCUUCAACUGUCCGAUUAAAGCCAACUGUCCUAUUACACUGUCCGAUUACAGCUGUACAGAAUGAUUAGUUGACGAAAUUUCUUCGAACCAUGUGAAUGUUCAUUGAUUUGACGAUUGCGGCAGACUUUAGUCAAAUUCGUCAAAGCGAAAUCAGCUUGGUGGAUUUGACGAAUUUUAGUCAAAAUCAGCCUGGCGGAUUUGACGAUGUUAACGAGUUGUAGUCAAAUUCGUCAAAGCGAAAUCAGCUUGGUGGAUUUGACGAUUUCCGACGAACUCUCACUAGUUUCGUUAUUUCAUGCAUUUCUGGACAUAUCUUGUUUUGGAGCCACUGGCCCACCCGUAGUGGAUAAAUUUUUCAGGUUAGAAAUAAACUGUGGAUUCAUAGUAAGUAAUCAAAAGGUCUUGGAUAGCUAUUUUUAAUGAAUAAAGAGGGUACGUUUCUAAAGAAACUGUGGUGCUACAAGAAAGAUGAAAAACUCUACAGCCAACAUUUAUCUUUCUAAUCGGCACUCUUAAUCCUCACGUUAUUAACGAGCGCUUUUUUUUUCAACUCAUUUUCACGUUGCCAUACUCACAUGUGGCUUAGCUCCAUUUUUCUGCAUGUAAACCACACACAACCUUCAAUUCUUCUAUUUUCUCUGACAAAGGGCAAACGGUCGAAACAUCAGAUUUAGAAUCUCUUUACGGAGACCUGAAUUUACAUUAUCGACUCAGUUGAUAAGAACCAUAUUAUCUGGUCAUUAGUGAAAGCGGUUGUAUUGGCUGAUUCUGCUACAGUAAGCUUUAUAAAAAGUUACUUUACGGAAAAGUUAGUUUAAGUUGCUUAUCAAUUAAACAAAAUCCUUCUUUUGACACAGGGAUCUCUACUGUAUCUCUACAAGCAUUUCUUUUAUGAAUAACAGAUAAGACAACCUUGCAUGUGGUGGUUUGUUUUAUGGCAGCCAUUUUAACUGGUCUGGAACUAGUCUUAAAAGGGUUUGAGAUUGCUAAAUGUGUGAAGAACAACAGAAACUCUGAUCGCUUGUUAAGAAUGAUAAUUUUUUUUUUAUUGCUUUUUUUUUUACGGCUGAUCUUAGCAGUAUGCAGGACGCGUGUCAUAUGAACUACGUAAUAGACCUCGCUCACCAUAGAGUCUCUGUGGCUCAGUGGUAAAGCAUCGGAGCACGGAAUUUGCAGGUCUUAGGUUCGAUUCCUCAUGGGGACUCAGAAUUUUUUCUUUGUCCCACGCUCGUGACAAGACGAAAAACAUAUUUCUUUAUUUUUUAUUAGCUUUCAAAGAUUUCCAAGCCCCGUGUCUUGAUGCAUUUAGCUAAAGACUUGCGAUGCAUAUCCAUUUUUUAAAUGGUCAUCAUAAAAACAAAGUGCAAAAACAAAAUGAAGUUCAUCUUUUGUUCAGAUGUGAGAGCUCCCUCCGUUCUGUCUUGCCCUUUGCCGUACAGCGCAAAAUCAUAGUUUAGGAAAAAGAUGUUAUGGUUUCAGAAGAAUGGUACAUGAAGCUGAGAGCAUUGUGGGUUUAGGUAGGGCAUACCUGUUGGAAAAUAAAUAUGAUGCCUUCCUCCUCCUUCACUCUAUAGGAAAUUCAUCAAGGUGCAUUGCUCAGACAAUCUGUUGGUUAAAACGUUGGUACUACCUUCAAAUUUAUAUGUGAUGUUUUACCUUUCAUUUCAGGAUGGACAUGAAAUUUGUUUUGUUGGCGAUGAAGCAUUUAUAGAGUUGUCAACAGUGGAUCCAAAAGGAGACGAACUUCUUGAUACAGUGAGUUAGUUAUUUGUCGUGUUUUAGAGGUACAUGUCGAACUCGGCAAAUCAAUUGCGUUGAAAUCAUCAAACACCGUUAGCCACGGGUUAAGGGAAAAAUAACUAAAAGUGUUCUACUGCCGAGAACGUAAGUUUUGAACUUUGUAAAGUGUUCUCGCAUCUAGUUAGCCUGUGAGCAGGGUCCUCAUUAUUGGCGCUGCAGGACGAGCAUUUCUCCGCCCACGGGUUGAUUUGAGAUGAGUCAUGGAGAGGUUUGCCAGGGGUCUGGCACUAAUAACGAGGCAUUAUCAGUACCAGAGUCCUUGCAGACUUCUUGCAGCUCAAGGCCACAUGCUUUCUCGCGGGCCGAAGUUCAUCAAAUUGUUUCCCUAAUCUGUGAUACGCAAGUGUUUUGAAAGAUUUUACCGAUCAUUAUUUUUUUCUUUUUGACAUUAUUUCUUCCAGGCGAUGGCAGAAGAUAAGAGUGAUGAGUGGUUUGCCGAAGUUGCCUCAGGAAAGAGAUGGACACCGAAAAAGAAAAAGUAAAAAAUAAAAAUUCUGCACGGAAUGAUUUUAGAACGUGUUCAGACUUUAGAACUGUGCUUAGUUACAUAGCGCUAAAAGAAUAAAAUCCUUACAGAUAGUCAAUACAAUCCUUUUCCAUAGUUUAGUAAUUUAGAUUGAUUCAAGACGAAGGUUCUUGUAACAAUGUUCCCUUUCUUUGCUAAGUGCUACGUAAUGAAGAAACAUAUAUUUUACUUUGUAAAUGUCGAGCCCGUAUCGCUACGUUCUCUGUUGGUCAGGUUUGUUGCCAAAAUUUUUCAUGGGCCUUACUCUGGAUUACCAUCGCAGGUUCAACCGUUUGAAUUUUAUUGGUUAUUUAUUCCUUUAUUAAAAACGUACAUAAUCUAAAAACACGUACGUAAAUUUACUUCCAUGCAUCUU